AAGGGAUCUCGCCCGCGAUCCAGUCUACUGGCUCCUCUGUCAGACCUUACAAAUCGCUGACCCCAGGACUGGUAAUGCUGAAGGUUCCGUGGCCUAAAACGAAGGAAGUAAAAUAAGUUUCCUACUGAGAAGGCUCAGUUUCAAGUAUAUGUUACGAAAGGAAUUAAUCUGAGAAAAGUACACAGGGUAAAGAGAGGAAUCUGGAAAAUCGACUGUUAUUUAUUGUGCCAAGCAUAACAUUAUGAUGAAUAAACUGGUUUUGUUUCCCGCUUCAUGGGAAACAGUCUCGUGAGGAAGACAAAGUAAUACAAAAUUGAAAUUGUGCUGUCAUUCUUCUGUAAAGAAGAGCUUUUCCUCAUCAAGUGGGGAUGAUUACAGUUCUUCUUUAAAAAGGAUGGCUGCCCUUUUUCUAAAUAGGUUAACUCUACAAACCAUAAAGACUGAAAGUAAUUGCAUUAGAUGUUUUGCAAAACACAUUGUGCAAAAGUCAGCACCAGGAUGGUGGUCCCCUACUGCUCCUGCCCCACGGCUGUCUUUCCUAGUUCAUGCAAAGGCUUUUAGCACUGUCCACGACAUCCAGGAUGAAAGAAAAAAGAAAAAAAAGGAUGGAACAUCUUUCAGUAACGUUGGAAGAAAAAUUAGUGAGCGAAUCAUUCACGUACUGGAUGAGAAGGGCAAUGAUUUGGGAAACAUGCACCGAGCAGAUGUGAUUAGACUCCUGGAAGAGCGGGACCUGAGGCUGGUUGUGAGGGAUGCCAGCGCAGAGCCACCUUGGUACCAGCUCAUGACGGGGAUACAGAUUCGCGAAGAACGACUAAGGCUGAGAGACAGGGAGAAAGCUAGACCCAAAAUAGGACCAACCCUGAUGAAGGAGCUAACUUUUUCUUCAAAUAUUGGACAACAUGAUUUGGACACAAAGAAUAAACAGAUUCAGCAUUGGAUUGAAAAAAAAUUCAAAGUUCAAAUUACUAUAAAGAAAGGGAAAAACACAGAUGAGCCAGAAAAUAAAAUAGAGGAGAUAUUUAAUCAAAUACUCGAGACUAUGCCUGGAAUAGCUACCUUCUCAUCCAAGCCACAAGCUAUUAAAGGAGGAAAAGCUUUAACCUGUGUUCUCUGUCCGCUGACCAAAAAGGAAGAGAAGGGAUAUAGAGACACUGAAGAGACCCAGAAAAGAGACACUUUGAAAAAAGAUAAUGGAAAUGAUAAGGAAUCAAAUGUUCUACAUCUGUGAUUUUAAUAAAGAAAAAUAUGCCUCUAAGA